AGGAAAAUGAGAUUCAAACCAAUUUGUUUUCGAGUCAAAUAAAAAGCACUCCAAGUCGGAGAACUUUCUCAUCACAGCUAUACCAUUUCUCGCCUUCUGACAGUCCGAAAUCAAUGGCGACGGAGACGGCAGUGUUCGCGGCGGUCGUCGCUUUUCUGAUCUCGGCGGUGGUGUCUCAAACUCCUCCUAUGGCUUACACUAAUCACACGGUCGGCGGCCCUGCAGGUUGGUUCUUCAACGCCACCAAGAACAUUUCCGCUACUAAUUACUCCUCCUGGGCGGCGUCUCAGACUUUCAAUCUCGGAGACUUCCUCAUUUUCAGAACGAAUACAAAUCAGACCGUGAUCCAGACCUCCAACUUGACGACAUUCAAGAGCUGCUCCAUCGACGACGCCUCGGACAACGACACGUUCCAAUACAACGGCGGUGAUUCCGACUUCAACAAGCCAUUGAUCAUUCCCGUGGCGCUGAUCAUCAGCGGCUCGAACUACUUCUUCUCCGACGCGGAUGAUGGAGUUCAGUGCCAACGAGGUAUGGCCUUCGAGAUCCAGGUCAAUACCGGUCUUGGCUUGCCGCCAAGCCUGAAUCAGCCACCUCCGCCUCCGUACGCGACGCCGCCGGAUUCCGAUUCGGCUCAAACGCCUCCGUUAAUGAUUCCUGAGACGAAGGACAACAGAGGAUUCAAAACCGCCGCUAACUUGCGCCGAUAUUUCUUCUUCACCGCGGUGGUGCCGCCGCUGCUGCUGCUGCUGCUCUGAGACUAACGAGGUCAGAU